CUCUGUUCCUCCGCGUAGCCGUCCUUCCUCCUCUCGAUGCGGCGGCGUUACUCCCUCCUCGAUGCGCUGUCGAUCCGCGACAUGAUGCUGCGGGACUACUUCUCCGCCGGUAUGGUCCAACCCCCUCCCCUCUACACUUCCUCCAUAGCCCCUAACGGAACGGAAGAGGCACCCAGCCAGUCUAUCGAGGGGAUGGCAAAGGCGCAUGGCGCGGCGGCGGCUCUAUCCCCCGACGGCGGGUACACGUCGGACACGCACGACGAGGGCCGGCCGCAAGAAAAAGAAGGAGAUGGCAGACGAUUCGCCGCCACCGACCAAGGUCCCAAACCAGUGGGUCGCCACAACUCCCUGAGCGACCACGUCAGCGAGUGGGUUAGUAGCAUUGACAGCGAAAGCCUCUGCAUCGCCGAGGAGGAGGACGUCGCUGUCGACGACCAGAGCAAGGACCUCACGGACUACGUAGCUCGCCCGCGUCCCAUCGUGGCCGGGGAGGAGUCAGGAGGCCAGGAAGGCCACAAGUGAUGCAUCCAGCUCGACUUCGCCAUGCGGGUGCGCUGCACAUUCCACCCAUCGCCGGCAAAUCAUUCGUCAGCUGGGAAGGUGAGCAAGCAGGUAAUGCCUUGCGCUUUCUGUUGUUCAUUUUCCAUUUCAUUUCUUGAUCAGCGUUCGCGUCACCACUUCAGAAUGCUGUUAUCUGAAGCUUAUCUUGUUUUCUUUGACUCAAAUAUUAUUGUGAGUACGCCAUUAUAUUAUUUGUUAGAUUUUUUAUCGAUCGAGUAGAUACUUUUCGAGACAAAAUGACUCGUGUCUGAAACUUAUGAUCUCUCCAGUGUACUUACAUUUUGGUAGCAUGUGCACUUCAUAAUUAUAUUAGUAGAAGCACUGCUUAUAUUAGCAAUUUAUUAGUACAUACUCUCCAAUUCACCACGCCUGCACAUUUUGACCGGUGUACCCUGAUAAUUUAUUAGCUUUGUGAUCGAUCAACAUAUCGUUUAGAACCCAAAUGUACUGUUAUCUGAAGCUUAUUGUUUUAUCGGUGUAAUUCGCAUGCUGAUGAUUGUACUCUCCAGCUCUCCAGGCUUGAACAUUUUCGUCAGUGUGACCUGAUCAUUUCCUAGCUUCUUCAUAAUUGUUUAGACCAUCAGAUACUACAUUGCCAAUUUUUCGGUAAACUACUACAGUAUCAUUUUCCAAUUUCAGGUAUGAAUAUUGCUAAAUGUAAAAUUCUCUUGCGGGCGAGAAUAUGUGUUGUAAAAAAUUUAUGAAGUAUUUGUAGUGCCUAUUCUGAGGGCAGGCCUGGCGCAGUGGUGAAGUCCUCCCCACUUGUGCCAAGAGGUCCUGGGUUCGAACCAGCCUCUCUGCAUUGCACUUUGCAGGGGUAAGACUAGGUUCCUAUAAUCCCUCCCCAGACCCCACCUUGUGUGGGAGCUUCUAUGCACUGGGUCUGUCCUUAUUUGUAGUGCCUAUUUUAUUUUCUCAAA